AAAGAAAUACUCCGAUUAGAAGACGUAGUGUGAGGAUUGCGAUGGCGAAAGAGGAAGAGUUGCGCAACGCAGAGCAAACAUUGUCAGAGGAUGAAGCGCUUGAUGAAAUUCCGUUAAUCAAGAGGAUGGAAAAGGUUCAGGAAGCGCAGAGGUUGGAGAGAGACAGCCUGGUCGAUGGAAGGAUAAAUACAUACUGCAAUGUGAAUGAAGUUGCUAGACAGAUCAGGGCAAAGCUGACUGAAGAGGAGUUGGGCAGAUUUAGGACUUCGGCAUUCGGGAUGAUUUUAGAUGUUCUGGAUUGUCCUUGGAUCAGUGGGCAAUUGCUCAUCCAUUUGGUCGGGAAUUGUGUGCGGUCUGCUGAUGAAAAUGGAAGUAAGGAUAGGUUGAAGUUCAGGAUUCUUGGUCAUGAGGUUGUUUUGACGAAGGCCCAAUUUCAUCUGAUCACCGGGUUAAAAAUGGGCGGACGGAUGGUGAUAGUGGAUAAUAGUGUGGGUGGUAGGUUUGCGGCGCGGUAUUUUCCGUCAUGUAAAUCAGUCAAGCGAAGAGCGAUCAGUAAUGCUUUCUUAAAAUUUAAGUGUGAUGCAGAGCGGACACUACCAAGUGACGCAGUGAAGAUGGCGUUGAUUUAUGCUUUGGCAAACGUGUUUCUAGGUAACCAGCCUUCGGUUAAUUUGCCGAUGCAUUAUUUGAGCUUGGUUGAUGACCUGGAUGAGUUUAAUACCUACCCUUGGGGGGAUGAUGUGUGGUCGGAGUUAGUCGAUCAUGUGUAUAGGUGCGCUUUAUUUAUUGAGAAAGGCGGAAGCACCCGGCCUACCUUUGGAGGAUACAUGUUUGCAUUGCAAAUUUGGGCUUUUGAGACAUUUCCAUCUCUGGCGGCGGAGGGGAUGUGUGUGCUAGUUCCUGAGCGGGUGAAUUUGAUUCCCCGGUGUCUGCGAUGGAAGGUUUGCGGGAAGUUUAACUCUUCGAAAGUCUCCGACGCACUUUUCAAAUUUGGGAAGCUUAUAGUUAAUGAUGUGGAGCCAACGGAUUCAGAGUUGUUGUUGGGCAGUGUGAAA